AGAUGUGUGACAUGGUCAUAGUCGUGUAUGGAUUACUGUAAACAAGCAUUAGCUGGACGGGACUCCGUUUUAAAAACAUACUACACUGUAUUUGGAGUCCAGCGGAGGUAUCCUUCUUUGCCCCCGUGAGACAGGCAGGUAGUGGUGCGGCAAUAACGGCGGAGUGAUCUGCUUGGCGACAAAGAGAUGCGAUAUUGUAAAGAAAGAUCAGAGAAAUAGUAAGAGGAGCAAUGCACUAAGGUCGAUGAAAUGAACGAAGUCACGGCGUAAGGCCUUGUCCUCUGAAAGUUGAACAAAUAUAAACCAUCAAAACCCUAAGAUACAGUUGCUAUCAUUUUAAUAAAGAAUCGUCUCCACUUCGGCGGAUAAAACCCGGGAGAACCAUGGAGAGGAAAAGGUGGGAGUGCUCGGCUCUCCCCAAGGGCUGGAAAAGGGAAGAAGUGACCAGAAAGUCGGGUUUGUCUGCGGGGAAAAGCGAUGUCUAUUAUUUUAGCAGAAGCGAGGAAGAGGAGGAGGAGCAGAGGCGAGGAAGGGGGGAGGCGGGUCGUGUGUAUAGUUUGUGCCCCACUGGCAAGAAGUUCCGGAGCAAGCCCCAGCUGGCCCGUUACCUGGGUAACUCCAUGGACCUGAGCUCCUUCGACUUCCGCACGGGGAAGAUGCUGAUGAGCAAGCUGAAUAAGAACCGGCAGAGGCUACGCUACGACAACAACAACCAAAACAAGGGUAAGCCGGACCUGAACACGUCCCUGCCAGUCCGACAGACGGCGUCCAUCUUCAAACAGCCUGUCACCAAGGUUACCAAUCACCCCAACAACAAGGUGAAGACGGACCCACAGAAAGCCAUUGACCAGCCCAGACAGCUCUUCUGGGAGAAGAAGCUGAGCGGCCUGAAUGCUUUUGACAUCGCAGAGGAGCUGGUGAAGACCAUGGACCUACCCAAAGGCCUUCAAGGCGUUGGCCCUGGAUGCACAGAUAAGACCCUCCUGUCGGCCAUCGCCAGUGCCCUCCACACCAGUGCGGCCCCCAUCACCGGGCAGCUGUCGGCCGCCGUGGAGAAGAACCCCGGGGUGUGGCUCAACACCUCUCAGCCGCUCUGCAAGGCCUUCAUCGUCACCGACGAGGACAUCCGGAAGCAGGAGGAGCUGGUGUACAGUGUGCGGAAGAGGUUGGAAGAGGCCCUGAUGGCAGACAUGCUGGCCCAUGUGGAAGAAGCUUCCAGCGACGGGGACUGCAAGGAGGAAGGGAACGACAACGAUGACAUGGAGGCUGUAUAGCAGAGAACAAGAUUAGUCUCAUUGAAACAAAGGCUACGUCUUGUUUCGUGGCCUGAGGCACUGUGUGGAGCAGCCUGGAACACAGUCUUCACAUGCCUUCACCAGAACCUCACCCCGGACCCUUUUAAGAGCCCAACAAAAAAACAACAACAACAACAAACUGCCUUCCUCAUCCCCUGUUCCUUAAGUAUCCCUGGUGGACUCAGCUUUGACCCCCCUUACCCUGGCCAGGCACAGCUUGAGAACUUCUGGCUACACUGCUAAGGAAAAACGCUCGCUACAAUCCUGAAUCAAAUUGAUUAAUGAAAGAAAAACACACAUGCAAACACUCAUACACACAUUUUAACGGUGCAAAGAAAUGGGAGAGAAGUUACAGUCGGUUUGCCAAUUCAUUGUCGUUUCUUUUUUUAAUUGUGUUUUCAUACACAUCCAUUUUUAUGGACUAUGGUAGAGUGUACUGAAGAUGGAGAUUUUUAACAGUACAUAUUUCAUUACGUUGGGAAAACCUCCUUAACUUGAAUGCAAGAAAGAAAAAGGAUAAAGGAUUUAUUUCACACAUUAGAUGGCCGCAGUGUAAUUUACUGUGAGCAUAGCUUAGCAUGGUGCAAAGCAUAAUUUCUCCUAGUCCCAACAGUUUUACACUUUACACACAAGGUCGGUACCCCCCCCCCCCCCCGCCCGCAGUAGCCAUCAGACCUGAGUCAAAUACAUCUUUGUUUGAGAUACAAAUACUUAUUUGUGCUUUACUGAGCGUGUCUGGUGUAUUGGAACUGAAGUACUCUCAGAAAGUGCAGACAUAGCCCUCUGGAUCUCGUGGCAGGCUCAGUUGCACCAGGCAUACAUAAAAGUAUUUCAAUCCAAAACAAACACAUAUUUGACCCAGGUCUGGCAGCCAUAAUAUUGGAUAUGUGUGCCAUCCUUUAACAUAUGUGGGGGAUAAAGCUUUGUUAAAGUUUGAGAAGAAAUGCGGAUGGAGAUGUGCAUUGUGCCACUUAAUCCUUUAGCUGGUAUUGAUUUAUUGCAUAAAGAUUGCUUUCCUAAUAGACACUGGUACAAGUGCGUGAAUGUUGGAAAUACAUGUUUUUAUUUUUAUUCUUUUUUUUUUACUAUGCCAAUUAUAUACUGUGGUAAUCCAUUUAAAUCAGUCGUGGCAUUUUCCAGAGAAAAGCUAAUUUUGGCGGAUUGAUUUGCAGUGCCAGGAUGUUUCAGGAAGUGUUGUGUGGUUAUUGCUCUCCUUUGGAUCCUCAGUUCUUACCCAGACCUCAUCAGCUGCUACAUAACCAUGCCGCACCGUCUGUAAUUAUUCCUACGUUCCCUCGACUGCCGUGUUAUGGUCAUAACUGGGUUAUGACUUUGCUGGACAAUUGAUUUGCUUCUCAGUACAGAAUCCUAACUUAUUGUCAUGGGUACAGAACUACCCCAGUUGCGCAGUGCUGCCCCCCCCAGUAUUGCUGUAUUGCUCAGAACGCUUUGUUCAUAGAAAGGUGCUCACUGGAGUUCAUUGUUUCCAGUUCAAGGAUAUUCCUUUGUUGAUUCAUGUCCUACUUUAAGCAAACACUUUGUAUAAAUGAUUCAUGACGUUGCCAACGCUACCUACUCCACCAGCUCUCGUUCCGUAGUGCGGUAUGUUGGUAAGAGAUCGUGAUGCCACGAACUUCGUAGAAUGGCUUAUGCAAGCAUGGGAAAGUGUCACGCAAUCCCAGUAUAGAAGUGACAGUAUAGACAUGAUUAGACAACCGAUUCCUCCACUGAAUUACUGAAGCACAUCACUUCUAUUUUAACUUUUCGAUGAGAGUGAAAAUGUAAGAUAUCAUUUCUUUUGAAUACAUGUUCUACGAACUGCGUCUUGCAAAAACUAACAAUUUAUUUUUUUAAAAAGACACGAAUGUGGUGCUUUGACGAAUGUCAGGGGAUGGUAAUUACGGUAAUUAAGUAUUGCGGAGACGUAUCUUUUAAUUGCACACACAAAGAAGCUCAACCAGGAGUGCAAAUGUUCUCUGUGUGUUUCUUGAAAUUAGAGAAGUUAAAACAAGCUUGUAAUUUCAGCUCACUGUAGAGACUGUAAAACACAAGGUUUGAGUUGAACAUCAGCAAUUUACAUUUUAUAAAAUUGAAAAGUAAUUGAUUAAAAUGUCUGUGUAUA